ACUAGAAAGCCCUGUCCUGGGGCGAGGGGUACAAGGUUGAGGGGCUUUCCUUGUCACAGUGUUUGGCUUUCUAGCACAGGGGACGUGCCUGUCCAAGGGAAGCUGUGACCCCAACUCUGCACAUGGAGAAAAUGCCAGCAGAAAAUGCCUUCUCUCGAUCCCCUCUGCUCCCGUGGUGUGGAAAGGGGCAUGGGGCACUUAAUACUCACAGCUUAUGGGAUUUUCAGCUGAAACAGGAGGCUUCAGGAGGCACCCCUGUAACCUGAGACACCAGGACCUAUUCUGGCCACCACCCCUGUUUCUUUGCGGUCACCACUCCUGUUCUCAAAUCACCCAGCUAUUUUACAAGCACUGGGGGGUGAAGUCUCCCCCCCUCAGCUCCCCUGGUCUGUGAGCUGCUCUUGCUGCUCCCUGGGGAGAGGUGUGUGGAAGCUGUUGAGCUGUCUCUUUUACUAUAUCUUUUUCCAUUCUGUCUCUCGAGGCCUCACGAUGCCCCCCAAGCGAAGGCAGAAACUGCAGCAAGAGCAGAAGGGGCAGCCAGGUGUGGCUGCACCCCUGGAGGGAGCUGCUGAGGGGGCUGUAGCCAUCAGGGAAGAGGUGCUGCUGCAGCAGGAGUAUAGCCGCCUUUGCAAGGAGCUAGAGGACAUGAAGGGGGCACGUGUUCAGCUUCGGGAGGAGAACGAGUUCCUGCAGCAAGAGGCCCAGCGUCUCCGUGCUGAGAGCCAGGAAUUCAUGUGCUAUGUGGCCAAGCGGGCCCAGCGGCGCCAGGAUGCCAUCAUCUCCCUGAAUGAUCAGAACAAGCAGGCCCUAGAGGAGAUCCGCAGGGAGCAGCAGGAACUGCUCACCCUCUACCAGAGGAAGGAGGCAGCUCUGCGGGAACAACUGUUGCACAAAGAGGGUGAACUUCUCCGCCUCAGCAAGGAGGUUGAGGGCCUGCGGGAGAUCCAGGCACUGCAGCAGGAGCAGGCUGCCCACAUCAGGGAGCUGCAGGAAGAGCUGGUGACCACCAGGCAGCAGCACACUCAGCACCUGCAGGAGACCAAAAGCCAUUUCCUGCACGAAAAGGCUGCCUUUGAGCAGAGGUCCCAGCAGCAGGUGCUCUGCCUGCUGCAGCAGGCACAGGAAGUGGUUGCACGGUGCAUGCAGGAGCAUAGCCACCAGGUGAAAUGUGAGAACCAGGAGCUGCGGCAGGAGCUGCACCAGCUCAUCCAGCGAUCACGCACACUGCAUUUACACAAGCGCCGGUUAGAGGAGCAGGCACAGCAGCUGCUGCGAGAGCGUUGCUACAUGCAAGACAUGGCUCGCCUGUACCACACCCACCAGGGCAAGAAGUAGGCCCCAGCUGUGACCCCAGGAACGAGCUGACAGAGAGGUGGCCACUACUCACUGCCAUGACCUGCUUUUGGUAUUAGAAUUAUUUAGCUCAGGGGUUCUCAAACUGGGGGUCAGGACCCCUCAGGAGGUCACGAGGGUAUUGCAUGGGGGGUCACAAGCUGUCAGUCUCUACCCCAAACCCCA